CUUCCCUUCGCUUCCCCUCUCCUUUUAAUUACCACUCCUCAUAUCUUUCUCCUCAUGCCCACCUCUCUCUCUCUCUCUCUCUCUCUCUCCCUCUCUUUCUCCCACAUAUACCCUUUUUCUUUUCUUUUUUUUCUCUAAGUGGGGGUUAUAGAAGAAGUUAAGGAAUCUUAGCUAGCAACUUGUUUUGUUUCAUCAUUGUUUUAUGGUUUCAUGUUUACUUGUGUUAUGAUAUAUAGAAUUGUAUAAAGUUUCAUAGAGAAAGAGAAGGGCCAAAUUAAGCAACACAAAGUCAUGAACACUCUUCAAGAUUGGCCUGAACCAAUAGUCCGAGUUCAAUCCUUGUCUGAAAGCUGCCUGUCCGAAAUUCCUGUCCGAUAUAUCAAGCCACCAAGAGAUAGACCAUCUGUAAUAAAUUCUUGCACAUCAUCCAGUAGCGUUACUGAUCAUCAUAAUAAUAACGACAUCAAUAUCCCUGUUAUUGAUCUCGGGGGUUUAUUUGGGGACGACAAUGAUCUUCAUGCUUCUAUUCUUAAUGAAAUAUCAGCGGCUUGUCGGGACUGGGGAUUCUUUCAAGUGAUUAACCAUGGAGUUCAACCUGAGUUAUUGGAUUCUGGUCGUCAGAUAUGGCGACAAUUCUUUCAUUUACCUCUGGAAGAGAAGCAAGUUUAUGCAAAUUCGCCAAAAACUUAUGAAGGUUAUGGCAGCAGAUUAGGAGUAGAAAAAGGUGCCAUUCUUGACUGGAGUGACUACUACUUUCUCCACUAUCUUCCUUUGUCAUUGAAGGAUUAUAAUAAAUGGCCUCGCCUUCCACCUAAUUGCAGGGAAGUGAUUAAUGAAUAUGGCAAGCAAGUAUUAGAAUUAUGUGGGCGAAUAAUGAAGGUAUUAUCGAUUAAUCUUGGAUUAGAAGAGGAUCGUCUACAAGAUGCAUUUGGUGGUAAAAAUGUUGGGGCAUGUUUAAGAGUGAACUUUUACCCCAAGUGCCCACAACCUGACUUGACCCUUGGUCUAUCAUCACAUUCGGACCCUGGUGGAAUGACCCUUCUCUUGCCGGACGAUCAAGUGACCGGUCUUCAAGUCCGGCGAGGCGAUGAUUGGAUUACGGUGAAGCCAGCUUCUCAUGCUUUUAUUGUCAAUAUUGGUGAUCAAAUUCAGGUACUGAGCAAUGCAAUAUACAAGAGCGUGGAGCAUCGAGUAAUUGUAAAUUCAGCUAAAGAGAGAGUGUCGCUAGCAUUCUUUUAUAAUCCCAAGAGUGAUAUACUGAUACAACCAUUAGAGGAGCUUGUGACAGAAGAGAGGCCUUCAUUGUACCCAGCUAUGACAUUUGAUGAGUACAGACUUUUCAUUAGAACAAUGGGUCCUCGAGGCAAAUCCCAAGUUGAGUCUCUAAAAUCUCCCAGAUAAAAGAUAGUGCUUAUUAAUUAGUGGAGCCACAAAAUUUUUAAUAAUUAGCUGAUUAAGUUAGUAAUUAGAUCAUUAAAUUAGUAAUUAGUAGAUUACUUACUGACUGAUAUUACAGUCAUCUACAGAAUUACUAAAUGUUGGAUACUCUAGUUGAGUCAAAAUCCAAUUAACAAAGAGAAAUAGUUUUGAUUUUUGCUGUAAAUCAUAAGUGUAAAACAUAAUGCCUCAUUGGUCAUUAUUUUGAGUUAAUUGUACAUCUUUAUAUAUGAUGACAAAAGAGACUUUGCCUCAAA